UGUUACGUUCCAGAACGCAACCGAAUCUCGUUCUGCUUCGGUUAUUUCUACUACAGUUAAAUCAAUUGGUGUGGUCUUGCAGUGAUCACAGUGUUUCUAUUUCACCUAUCGUUCUAAAAAAACAAACUAAAGAAAUGGGGAGCUUCUUCUCACACCCUGCCGGGGUUGAGGCCAUCAAGAAGAAUCAAGAGUACAUUUCCGAGAUGAACAAGAUCAAGAUGGAACGCUGGAUACAGAUGCACUAUCAAAUGAAGGAACGCGAAACGGCCAUGCAGAUCUCGAAAGCACGCGAGUUGUUCUAUUGGCUUGCUUCUUUCUAUGGCGUCUCGACGAUCGGUCUCGUGAGUCGCUUCCGUGCCACCAAACGGCCUGGAACACUGGCACCGAUCGUGCCGCUGUCGUUCAUCGUUGCUUACUACGCCGAUUUGGCUUACGGAACCAAGAUACAUCGAAUACAGGCGGAAGCCGAGAUGAUCAUGCACAAUGAACCGGAGCUGCUGGAGUGGCCAAGUGGAUUGCCAACGGUGUCAGAGAUUGAUUCGGCGCGACUCGAAAUUGAUGACAAAAUACGUUUGCAUCCGCACCAGUUAUAAGGCCCACAUGACAUGGAGAGGUUUUGUACGGCUAACGGAUAAGCAGUAUUAUGUUGAAAUGGUAAGAUUAGCACAGUGAGACCAAAACCCUAGUGACCCUAUAUACGAAAACGUUUGAAGUAGUUUAGACAUUCACGCGCCCAUCCGCUUCACGGAGCACCGUGCGACGAAUAAGGUGAAUUACUGACUACACAAAACCCAAUAGCGAUUUUACGGUAGGCAACAAAGGGGUUUCGUUUCCACGUUUUAAAUACUCACAAGUAACAGUGUGUUUCGAAGACGACACUGUGCAAAGAAACGGAUUUUACAAAACCCGGUACCGCUGCACUCUCGGCAAAUAUUCCUACUCCAAGUUCUCGACUUUCUUGUUUCCAUUUUACCUGUUUCAAGCAAUUAUAAUCAAUAUCAUAAACGUACGUAUCAAACAUUCAA